AUGGCUUUCGUGGGCCCUCCAGCCUUGCCCGGUUUUUCACAUAACACUCAUAAUACACAACAUUUCACUUGGACAGCUGGCUUUCCCCAUAUAUCACGAUUCGACUCUCACGGCAGUCUUCAAAGACUAAACGACAUUAAUUUGCAUCCGAGGGUAGAUGAUUGCCCUUAUGACGAUAUCAAUGCCUUGAAAACCUUGGACAGCAUCGGUGCACAACAAGCAACUCCCGAAAGCAAACGCCCUCCCCAGACUCGUUCUCCUUGUCCACAGAUACAAAUAAACCAGCACGAGGACCAUCUCCGUGAUGAUGUUUCCUCCAAGAACACCAAACCUGAUCGCCCUUUCUAUAGAUGGAUGAGAUCUCUCCAUCGAAGAGUCAGCCAUAGAGGUUAUGAAGAGGAAGCUUGGCAGGUUGAUGACGGAUGGAAACAUUCCGGGUCAAGUAGGACUUACCAUCGAUCCCUCCGUCAAAAACUCAGUCGUCGUUUAUCGUCUUCGGGGUCAUCACUUGGCUUGAUAGCAGCAGUUCAGAGUGCCAGUAUCAGCAUCACUAGUGCAAGUGCUCUUUCGCGCUCGCGCUCGCGCUCGCAUCGAAACCCUUCUUAUUCACAUUGUCGAUCACGAACUGAACGAAGUAGUCGGGCAUCAUUGUCUGCCCCACGGUUUUCUGAGGAUAGUGUUCCUCUGGACAAGGUGAAGAUGGAUGUCACAGCCAUACAUCGUGCUCUACGACGCCGGCAGAUCCUGGAGGAGCUCAUCAGUACGGAAGAAAGUUACAUUGGCGAUAUUCGCUUCCUCAUACAUACCUAUAUAAACAUGCUUGCCGCUCUGCCAACUCUGCCUGAGCGGUUGCGUUCGUCCAUUAACCACAACCUCGAUCAAAUCCUCCAGCUCCACGAAGAAAUAUUAGGUGAAUUACACCGAGCAGUUCCACAUUCCGAGUACAGCCAAGCAGAUCAUCCAGCUGUAUCCUCCAAAUCAACCACUCGCAAAAUCGGACACCGUCGGCUGCCGAGUCUGGAUACGCUUCCAGAGGAUCCGACCGGCCUUCAAUGGCUUGAGAUGGAACCAGGAAUGUUCUCUGAACCUCAAGUAGCAGCGGAAGCUGCCAAGAUCUUCAGUAAAAGGAUGCAUCAGUUCUUCGUUUAUAAAGAAUAUGGUGCAAAGUAUGAGAUAAUGAUCAAGGACGCUACUUCAGCUCUUGAGAACCUGCCGGAAUGGGAAAUUCACCAGAAGGGACUUGAAGCGUUCGCCUUCACUAUGGAGUCCUCUCCAUCAGGUGGUGGUAGUAGAAAAUCUCUUACUAUAGGUGAUCUCCUUGUCAAGCCUAUUCAGCGAAUCUGCAAAUAUCCUCUUCUGUUUGCAGAAUUAUUAAGAUGUACUCCUGUUUUCGACUGUCCAAAUUCUCAUAUGGAAGUUGAAACUGCUUUGAUGAGGCUUCGAGAAGCCACAUCCGAGAUCAAUCGUUCAGCUAAGGACAAUCUGAUGAAAGGUACUCUUGAAAAGACUUGGUUGUUACAAGACCGCAUCGUAUUUCCCAACAGGAGACUCGAUGCAAAUUCGAAGAAUCAGGUUCGUUCAUUCGGACAUAUUCAGUUGUGCGGAGUCUUGCAUGUAUGUUGGCAAACACCAACAGGCAUUGAUGGCCAGUAUAUGAUCUGCCUCCUCUAUAGAGACGUUUUCUGCCUUGCCUCUGGUGGUAAAUUCGAUCCCAUCUAUACAAUUCUGGCCUGCAUUGAUAUGCACAGCGUAACUGUGGAAGACACCGACAAUAGGCGUGGCCUGCAAUGUCAUCUGGCGCCUUUCUCGUGGAAGCUGGUCUUUGAGAGUGACCAUCAAUUAUAUGAAUUGGUCAUGACGGCCUGUACCCCCAAAGAAGAGAGCGAGUGGCGAAGCCGACUGAGCCGACCUCGUGCCCUAGAGCUUGAUGUGAAGGCCCCUGGUCUUCAAGUAUUCCUCUCUCUUGAUAUCCAGAGCCUAGGUACCGUCUUCGGUCGACCAGGAACAAUUGCACGAAGCCUAUCGACUCAUCAAACAUCCGUCGGGGGUCCUGAAUCACCUCUAUGUCACGUUAUUUUGAAAAACACGACUGCCAUAAGACCUAGUACCAGUAUAGGGAGUGGGCUCAAUCGCUCCCAAUCUUUGUUGUCAACUAAAGUCAGAACACCAGUUCUGGUAUCAUCUCGGGGUGAAAGAGCGCGGCUCGAGGUGCUUCUCGCCGAUGUCUGGAGUCAAGAUGUUCUUCCCCUUCCUAGCAUGACGAAUAUCGCCCGGAAUGAGCAGAUAAUCCGGCGGUCUGCAUCAAUGAUGAUGAGAAAAUUGAGUGUGUCCAGCAUGGCCAGGAGAUCAGGAAGUGUGACACGCCGAGUUACAGAAGACCCAUCAAGCGAUGACCAAACCCCCCAGACAAGUCUGUCCAGCGACAGUGGCUUUGACAUCUUCGACAGGAUUGGUCGUGAGGAGAGUUCUCAGUCCUACACGACGAAAAGCCCAAUACCGCCAGAUGCUCGAGAGUUCGGCGAAGAGGACUGCAUCCCGGUGACCAAAUCUCCCAAACUCGAGCUUACCCAAAUAUCAGAACUGGAGCCUCUUGGUUUAAUGGAAAUAUUUUCAGACAAGCAAUCUGGAAGCGGAACCGGGAAAGUGACAGCUCUAAAAAAGUCUACAACUGGCCAACUCCAGACGGGCUCUUGUCAAGACUUGCGAAGGACGGAGACAAACGCCACGGCAAAGAAAAGUCUGCCCUCCUGUACCGAUGUACAGGAAAAGGAUGAUCAUUUAGCAAAGGGCAGAAGUUUUAGAGGCAAAAGAAAACACACGGGCAUCCGCAGGUUCUUCCGGUGA